AAUGGAUCAUUUCUUCUUCAAAAUCACCAGCAGAAAUGGUGUGCUGUUUUCAUCAUUAUUAUUAUUCUUUUGCACAGUCGGUCUCUAAUCUCCUAUUCCUUCUUAGUUCUCUUCUUGAAGCAUUUGUUUUGGCCAUUACAUUAUGUUUUUUCAGAGUAUCGCUUGUGUAGUUUUUUCUUUUGAUCACAUCACUGAUCAUUUCUAAUAUGCAUUAGUUUUUAGGUUUGUCCCAAGGAAAAACGCAGAUGUAAUUCUGCCAGUCCACUGUGACAUAAAGGGGGAAGAAUUAUGAGACAAUGUGAAUCAUUCAUGAAAUAAAUUAAACAACUAAUUUAUUUAUUAGUUAUAGAGAAGCAUAUAUGUUUCAUUUUUCAUAGCUACUGAGUGAUUCUGUCUUUUCUUUUUUCUCUUUGAAACUGUAAGUGAAGGGAGAGGCCAGCAUGCAUAUGGCCUACCAUUUUGUUAAAGUAGGGACCCUGUUUGUCUUUAUAUGAAUAGUGUAGAUGUAUCUUCUUAAUUUAAACUUGCUCUGUGAUUGUUUAUGGCAGGUUCCAUGUCGAUAAAAUGUCUUCGGCCCAUGUUUAUGUGAGACUGAACAAGGGUCAGACAGUUGAAGAUAUAAGUGAGGGUUUAUUGGAAGAUUGUGCUCAGCUUGUCAAAGCAAAUUCUAUCCAAGGCAACAAGGUGAAUAAUGUUGAUGUUGUUUACACUCCUUGGUAUAAUUUGAAGAAGACGGCUUCAAUGGAUGUUGGGCAAGUUGGUUUUCACAACCCUAAGAUGGUCCGAACCGUGAGAGUUGAAAAACGAAUAAAUGAGAUAGUUAAUAGACUGAACAAGACAAAAGUUGAAAGGAAGCCAGACUUAAAAGUUUAUGCAGCUGAGAGAGAAGCAGUUAAUGCUGCAGAAAGGGCAGAGAGAAAAGUCCAUCUGAGAGAUAAAAAACGGCGAGAGGAGAUGGAGAGGCUUGAAAAGGAGAAACAGGCAGAGAUGAGGAGCUACAAGGGCCUGAUGGUCCAAGAGAAAAUGACUUCUAACAAACAGAUUGCAUCAACGACCAAGUCACUGCAGGAACUGGAAGACGAUUUCAUGUAAUUCCUGCACAAAAACUCGAUGGCUUAUUUCCACGAAGAGGGAAUCUGCCAGAAGAGAGAAAUCUGUAGUUCCUGGUGCAGAUAUGUCGCUUGCAUGAGUCAAAUGUUGACGACCCUCUAAUUGGAUGCAGAUGGAAAGGUAGAGUGGUGGAGCUGAAGAUGAAUCUUCAUAUUUUCUGGUUGAUUUGUAUCUCUUAAGACUUGAAUAAUGGGGAUGAUUGAUAAACAUGUCAAAGUAUUAUUUUAUUGAUUUUAUGCAAAAGCCCUGAUUGAUACUUGGUGCUUCAA